AUGGCUGCAGAAGCAAAGAUUCUCUCCCCCUCAUCCAAACGCGUUUUUAUCAACAAUGUGGAUAAAUUUACCUCAAAAUAUAUCGCAAAGUUUUUAUCAUCAUGUGUUCCUGGAGCUUCCCAUGUUGCCAAACAACCCGAGGAUGAGGAGAAAAUCCAAUCAUCCUUUGAGGGCACUUUUCAGAUUGUUGGAACUGUUUCAGGGGAAACCGAGGAGAAGUCGAUUUUUGCAGUAGAAGAAUAUACUAAUCUCACACAUGAAGAGCUUUUCCAACACCUGAUGGAGUCAGACGUCAUCAUUUAUAACAUCUACAAUGAGCACGCUGAUCAAAUAGAAGAAGCGUCCUGGGCAGUCUCAGCUCUUCACAAGGAAGUUGAUGCAUUUUCUCAACCUAAGAUGUUCAUUUUAAUCUCCUCAGUCAUGACUUGGGCUCUUACUAGGCCACUCGAUCCAAACGAUCAAGAGGCUUCUUUUACAGAAGAGGACUAUAGGAGACGGAAACCGCAUCUCAGUUAUAAAGAUCAUAUCGCUGUGGAGAAGCUGGUGGUUAAACUGGGAAAAUCUAAUCAGUCAAAGUUCAGCACCUAUGUGGUUGCUUCUGGACUGCAGUACGGAAAGGGCGAGCAAGCGUUUCAUUUCUUUUUCAAGACAUCGUGGUUGGGAGAGAAAGCAGAAGUACCGAUCUUCGGAGACGGCUCCAACAUCAUUCCAACUAUCCACAUCAGCGAUCUGGCAGGGAUCGUGCAGAAUGUAAUCAACCGUAAGCCGAAGCCGCAGUACUUCCUUGCGGUGGAUGAAUCACAGAACACCGUCGGUGAAAUUAUCAGUGCAAUAGCGCUAGCGCUUGCGCCAGGAAAACCCCAAAACAUUCCCAAAGAGGACGCAUUUCUCAUCGAGGAAUUGACACAAGCAGAAAUCGAUAAUUUAUUCAUCAACCUUCGAACGGAAGCCACUUUUUUCACCAACAAUUUCAGUAUCAACUGGGUGUCAAAGAAAGGCAUUGUGGAAAACAUCAACCAAGUCGUGCAGGAAUACAAGCACACACGAGGCCUGCUGCCUGUCCGCAUCUGUCUCUUGGGACCUCCUGCUAUCGGGAAAAGCACCAUAGCUGAAAAGAUAUGCAAGCACUACAAACUGCACCAUGUCCAACUCAAAACCACCAUCCCUGAGACUUUGGCUAAUCUGGAGUCACGUGUUCUCAUGGAAGAAGGUGACGAGGAGGAUGAAACACGUGAAGCGCGAGAGUUUUUGGAGUUGCUGAAGAUGAACAUGGAAGAAAAUGGAGGCUGGGUGGAUGAGCAGUAUGUGAUCCAAAUCGUGAAGGACAAGCUGAGUAGUAAACCAUGUGGAAAUCAAGGCUUUGUACUGGACGGCUUUCCGAAGACCUACAAUCAAGCUAAAGCACUAUUUAACAGUAAGGAUGACGAGGCUACAGACGCGAAGGCCAACGUCAAAAUCAUCCCAGAGUUUGUGUUCUCGCUGGUCGCCACUGACGAGUUCCUGAAAGAACGUGUUCUGAACCUGCCUGAGAACGUGGUGCAGGGAACCUCACACUGCUUCGAUAGGUUUCUCAGACGACUGACCGAGUUUAGAAAAAGAAAUUCCGAGGAUGAGACUGUGCUGAACUUCUUUGAUGAAAUGGAUAUCCAACCUGAGCAUAUUGGGAUCGACACUGAUGACCCAGACGUCCUGGUGAUGGAGAAGGUGAUGGAGAUCGUGGGGAAGCCCAGGAACUAUGGUCCCAAUGCAAAGCAUUUGGAGGAGGAACGGAGGCAGGCGGAGCUCAGGCUGAGGGAGGAAGAGGAGACGCGCCAGGCUGAAGCCAAGCACAGGGAGGAAGAAGAUGAAGAGCAGAGGGCACGGUGCUGGGAGAAAUGGAAUCAGCGCUUACAAGAGGUGAAGAAGCAGGAAGAGGAGCAGUCGAUGAGAGAAGAAGAAUCUGCCCAGCAGUAUCUGAAGGACACCUUGAUGCCCGUUCUGUCUGAAGGCCUGAGUGAGUUAUGCAGAAUGCAACCAAAUGAUGCAAUCGACUUCCUGGCUGAAUACCUCCUUCACAACGACCCAGAAAUGGAAUAAAGGAUAUUAUCAAC